AUGAAAGCAAUAGGAAGACAAUCCCGUAAAGAUCAGUGGUUAGGCUACUUCAAGGAAGGAAGGAAGGAAGGAAGGAAGGGGGGGGGGGAGGGAGGGAGGGAGGGAGGAGGGAGGAAGGAAGGAAGGAAGGAAGGAAGGAAGGAAGGAAGGAAGGAAGGAAGGAAGGAAGGAAGGAAGGAAGGAAGGAAGGAAGGAAGGAAGGAAGGAAGGAAGGAAGGAAGGAAGGAAGGUAUUGUGAUGACUGACUCACCAGUCAUGAGCCUUUACUGUAAGAAGUACCACCUUUCAGUUUAACCGCUGUGCUUUAAAAACCAUCCAGACUUUUCUAGACUUUUUGUAUCAAAACAGUAUACAGAAAAUGAGACGCAUACAGCUAUGAUAUAUUAUUUAUAAGAUGUUUACAUUAUAUGUGUACUAUUUUGAAUAUGAAGGAUAUAAUGUUUUUACCAAUCAAUACUUUUUUUUAAGCUAUGAUUACAGUUGGUUAGAAGGAUACUUUUUUUAGUUUUUUUAAGUGGUGUAAUUUCUUGAACGAAUGAGCAUUGGUGUUUGUGACGGACAGGUGAAAAUAUUAGAUUAUAUCCACUAGCUGCUAUUCAGUUACAUACAGACAAAUGUUCUAGAGGGAAAAAUCACCAUGUGGAGCAAAUCCUGAUCAAAGGUACUAUUAGAAGCUAAACAGUAAGUUGUUUAUGAAGUCUUACCAAGUUUGUCUAUUCAGUAAUACAGUGAUUGACUUCAUUGUGCUUCAAGUGGAUCUGACACAUAAAUCAUGGUCUCCUGCUAUCUCUCUCAGAAUGACCUUCUUGAUCCAAACCAGUCAGGUUUCAAGACUGGUCAUUCAACUGAGACUGCUCUUCUCUGUGUCACGGAGGCUCUCCGCACUGCUAAAGCUAACUCUCUCUCCUCUGCUCUCAUCCUUCUAGACCGGUCUGCUGCCUUUGAUACUGUGAACCAUCAGAUCCUCCUCUCCACCCUCUCCGAGUUGGGCAUCUCCGGCGCUGCUCACUCAUGGAUUGCGUCCUAUCUGACAGGUCGCUCCUACCAGGUGUCGUGGCGAGAAUAAGUCUCCGCACCACGUGCUCUCACCACUGGUGUCCCCCAGGGCUCAGUUCUAGGCCCUCUCCUAUUCUCUCUAUACACCAAGUCACUUGGCUCUGUCAUAUCCUCACAUGGCCUCUCCUAUCAUUGCUACGCAGACGACACACAAUUCAUUUUCUCCUUUCCCCCUUCUGAUAACCAGGUGGCGAAUCGCAUCUCUGCAUGUCUGGCAGACAUAUCAGUGUGGAUGACGGAUCACCACCUCAAGCUGAACCUCGGCAAGACGGAGAUGCUCUUCCUCCCGGGGAAGGACUGCCCGCUCCAUGAUCUCGCCAUCACGGUUGACAACUCCGUUGUGUCCUCCUCCCAGAGUGCGAAGAGCCUUGGCGUGACCCUGGACAACACCCUGUCGUUCUCUGCUAACAUCAAGGCGGUGACCCGAUCCUGUAGGUUCAUGCUCUACAACAUUCGCAGAGUAUGACCCUACCUUACACAGGAAGCGGCACAGGUCCUAAUCCAGGCACUUGUCAUCUCCCGUAUGGAUUACUGCAACUCGCUGUUGGCUGGGCUCCCUGCCUGUGCCAUUAAACCCCUACAACUCAUCCAGAAUGCCGCAGCCCGUCUGGUGUUCAACCUUCCCAAGUUCUCUCACGUCACCCCGCUCCUCCGCACACUCCACAGGCUUCCAGUUGAAGCUCGCAUCUGCUUCAAGACCAUGGUGCUUGCCUACGGAGCUGUGAGGGGAACGGCACCCCCCCCCCCCCCUAAAAAAAGGGUUGGUUGUCCCACUGGCUAUCCUAAGUUGAAUGCACCAAUUUGUAAGUACUCUGAAAAAGAGCGUCAGCUAAAUGACUAAAACGCUUGUUUCCAAAGUCGUCCUCGAUGGUAAAAACAAAAACACACAUAAUGAUUAAAAGGCCAGACAAAAUGACAAACAACCAUAAAUAAAUUCAUUUAUAUCGACAUCCUAAAAAGUGGCACUAUUCACUGCACUUUCCCUUAACCUUAAAAAUCAACCAUAUUGAUUUCACAUUAAAACAAUCGAUUCAAUGCACAGCAUUCAAUAAAUACCCCUGACCAGCAGUAGGGGGCGCAAGGGGGCAGUGGAGAGGUUUCUCUUACUUAGACAACCUUGAUUCAGACUGUUGUGAUUCACAUGGUUCAACAUCAGGUAGAGUCCCAAAUGGCACCCUAUUCCCUAUAUAGUGCACUACUUUUGACCAGGGCCCUAUAGGUUAUAGGGUGCCAUUUGAGACAGAGCCAAAGUUCAUACUACCUUCUUACAGAGCAGAGAGUUUCCUUCAUGGUGAACUGGUUAUUUAUUAUAGCUUAUUCUUGUCAUUUACACAACCUACCUGGUUUCAUAUCUUCUGUCUGUCAACCUACCUGGUUUCAUAUAUUCUGUCUGUCAACCUACCUGGUUUCAUAUAUUCUGUCUGUCAACCUACCUGGUUUCAUAUCUUCUGUCUGUCAACCUACCUGGUUUCAUAUCUUCUGUCUGUCAACCUACCUGGUUUCAUAUAUUCUGUCUGUCAACCUACCUGGUUUCAUAUAUUCUGUCUGUCAACCUACCUGGUUUAAUAUAUUCUGUCUGUCAACCUACCUGGUUUCAUAUCUUCUGUCUGUCAACCUACCUGGUUUCACAUCUUCUGUCUGUCAACCUACCUGGUUUCAUAUCGUCUGUCUGUCAACCUACCUGGUUUCAUUUCUUCUGUCUGUCAACCUACCUGGUUUCAUAUCUUCUGUCUGUCAACCUACCUGGUUUCAUAUAUUCUGUCUGUCAACCUACCUGGUUUCAUAUAUUCUGUCUGUCAACCUACCUGGUUUCAUAUCUUCUGUCUGUCAACCUACCUGGUUUCAUAUCUUCUGUCUGUCAACCUACCUGGUUUCAUAUCUUCUGUCUGUCAACCUACCUGGUUUCAUAUAUUCUGUCUGUCAACCUACCUGGUUUCAUAUAUUCUGUCUGUCAACCUACCUGGUUUCAUAUCUUCUGUCUGUCAACCUACCUGGUUUCACAUCUUCUGUCUGUCAACCUACCUGGUUUCAUAUCGUCUGUCUGUCAACCUAACUGGUUUCAUUUCUUCUGUCUGUCAACCUACCUGGUUUCAUAUCUUCUGUCUGUCAACCUACCUGGUUUCACAUCUUCUGCCUGUCAACCUACCUGGUUUCACAUCUUCUGACUGUCAACCUACCUGGUUUCAUAUCUUCUGUCUGUCAACCUACCUGGUUUCAUAUCUUCUGUCUGUCAACCUACCUGGUUUCAUAUAUUCUGUCUGUCAACCUACCUGGUUUCAUAUAUUCUGUCUGUCAACCUACCUGGUUUCAUAUCUUCUGUCUGUCAACCUACCUGGUUUCAUAUCUUCUGUCUGUCAACCUACCUGGUUUCAUAUCGUCUGUCUGUCAACCUACCUGGUUUCAUAUCUUCUGUCUGUCAACCUACCUGGUUUCAUAUCUUCUGUCUGUCAACCUACCUGGUUUCAUAUCUUUCGUCUGUCAACCUACCUUGUUUCAUAUCUUCUGUCUGUCAACCUACCUGGUUUCACAUCUUCUGUCUGUCAACCUACCUGGUUUCAUAUCUUCUGUCUGUCAACCUACCUGGUUUCAUAUCUUCUGUCUGUCAACCUACCUGGUUUCAUAUAUUCUGUCUGUCAACCUACCUGGUUCACAUAUUCUGUCUGUCAACCUACCUGGUUUCAUAUAUUAUGUCUGUCAACCUACCUGGUUUCAUAUAUUCUGUCUGUCAACCUACCUGGUUUCAUAUCUUCUGUCUGUCAACCUACCUGGUUUCAUAUAUUCUGUCUGUCAACCUACCUGGUUUCAUAUAUUCUGUCUGUCAACCUACCUGGUUUCAUAUCUUCUGUCUGUCAACCUACCUGGUUUCAUGUCUUCUGUCUGUCAACCUACCUGGUUUCAUAUAUUCUGUCUGUCAACCUACCUGGUUUCAUAUAUUCUGUCUGUCAACCUACCUGGUUUCAUGUCUUCUGUCUGUCAACCUACCUGGUUUCAUAUCUUCUGUCUGUCAACCUACCUGGUUUCAUAUCGUCUGUCUGUCAACCUACCUGGUUUCAUAUAUUCUGUCUGUCAACCUACCUGGUUUCAUAUCUUCUGUCUGUCAACCUACCUGGUUUCAUAUCUUUCGUCUGUCAACCUACCUGGUUUCAUAUCUUCUGUCUGUCAACCUACCUGGUUUCACAUCUUCUGUCUGUCAACCUACCUGGUUUCAUAUCGUCUGUCUGUCAACCUACCUGGUUUCAUUUCUUCUGUCUGUCAACCUACCUGGUUUCAUAUCUUCUGUCUGUCAACCUACCUGGUUUCAUAUAUUCUGUCUGUCAACCUACCUGGUUUCAUAUAUUCUGUCUGUCAACCUACCUGGUUUCAUAUCUUCUGUCUGUCAACCUACCUGGUUUCAUAUCUUCUGUCUGUCAACCUACCUGGUUUCAUAUCUUCUGUCUGUCAACCUACCUGGUUUCAUAUAUUCUGUCUGUCAACCUACCUGGUUUCAUAUAUUCUGUCUGUCAACCUACCUGGUUUCAUAUCUUCUGUCUGUCAACCUACCUGGUUUCAUAUAUUCUGUCUGUCAACCUACCUGGUUUCAUAUCGUCUGUCUGUCAACCUACCUGGUUUCAUAUCUUCUGUCUGUCAACCUACCUGGUUUCAUAUCUUCUGUCUGUCAACCUACCUGGUUUCAUAUAUUUCGUCUGUCAACCUACCUUGUUUCAUAUCUUCUGUCUGUCAACCUACCUGGUUUCACAUCUUCUGUCUGUCAACCUACCUGGUUUCAUAUCUUCUGUCUGUCCGUUGUGCCAGUAACCGAAAGGUCGCUGGUUCUAAUCCCUGAGCCGACUAGGUGAAAAAUCUGUCGAUGUGCCCUUGAGCAAGGCACUUAACCCUAAAUUGCUCCUGUAAGUCGCUCUGGAUAAGAGCGUCUGCUAAAUGACCAAUUAAUUAAUUAAUUAAUUUAAUUAAAAAUUAAUUAAUUUAAUUAAAUUAUGUCUGUCAACCUACCUGGUUUCAUAUAUUCUGUCUGUCAACCUACCUGGUUUCAUAUCUUCUGUCUGUCAACCUACCUGGUUUCAUAUAUUCUGUCUGUCAACCUACCUGGUUUCAUAUAUUCUGUCUGUCAACCUACCUGGUUUCAUAUCUUCUGUCUGUCAACCUACCUGGUUUCAUGUCUUCUGUCUGUCAACCUACCUGGUUUCAUAUCUUCUGUCUGUCAACCUACCUGGUUUCAUAUCGUCUGUCUGUCAACCUACCUGGUUUCAUAUAUUCUGUCUGUCAACCUACCUGGUUUCAUAUCUUCUGUCUGUCAACCUACCUGGUUUCAUAUCUUCUGUAUGUCAACCUACCUGGUUUCAUAUCGUCUGUCUGUCAACCUACCUGGUUUCAUAUAUUCUGUCUGUCAACCUACCUGGUUUCAUAUCUUCUGUCUGUCAACCUACCUGGUUUCAUAUCUUCUGUCUGUCAACCUACCUGGUUUCAUAUAUUUCGUCUGUCAACCUACCUGGUUUCAUAUCUUUCGUCUGUCAACCUACCUGGUUUCACAUCUUCUGUCUGUCAACCUACCUGGUUUCACAUCUUCUGUCUGUCAACCUACCUGGUUUCACAUCUUCUGUCUGUCAACCUACCUGGUUUCACAUAUUUUGUCUGUCAACCUACCUGGUUUCACAAAUUUUGUCUGUCAACCUACCUGGUUUCACAUAUUCUGUCUGUCAAUCAAAGCCACAUCCCUGUGCCACCACAUUCCUCUGUCUCUGUCUCACUGAUGGGCAUGGAGGAGCCAGGGACUGUUCACUCUGUUACCAUCUGGCAAGCGGUAUCAGAGCAUCGGGUCUCGGACCAACAGGCUGAGACAGCUUCUACCACCGGGCCAUCAGACUGGUGAACAGCUAACCCUAGCUGUCUCCCUGCACAGACCUGCACCUUAGAGACUAUUUGCACGGACUCUCCACAUAUACAAACUUUACACACAGCACACACAUACAUAACCGGCCCAGGCGGCAUUCCUAGCCGUGUCCUCAGAGCAUGUGCAGACCAGCUGGCUGGUGUGUUUAUGGACAUUUUGAAUCUCUCCCUAUCCCAAUCUGCUGUCCCCACAUGCUUCAAGAUGGCCACCUUUGUUCCUGUACCCAAGAAAGCAAAGGUAACUGAACUAAAUGACUAUCGCCCCAUAGCACUCACUCCUGUCAUCAUGAAGUGCUUUAAGAGACUAGUCAAGGAUCAUAUCACCUCUACCUUACCUGUCACCCUAGACCCACUUCAAUUUGCUUACCGCCCCAAUAGAUCCACAGAUGAUGCAAUUGCCAUCACACUGCACACUGCCCUAUCCCAUCUGGACAAGAGGAAUACCUAUGUAAGAAUGCAGUUCAUUGACAAUAGCUCAGCGUUCAACACCAUAGUACCCUCCAAGCUCACCAUUAAGCUCGAGGCCCUGGGUCUGAACCCCUUCCUGUGCAACUGGGUCCUGGACUUCCUGACGGGCCACCUCCAGGUGGUGAAGGUAGGAAACAACAUCUCCACUUCACUGAUCGUCAACACUGGGGCCCCACAAGGGUGCAUGCUCAGCCCCCUCCUGUACUCCCUGUUCACCCAUGACUGUGUAGCCAAGAACGCCUCCAACUCAAUCAUCAAGUUUGCAGACAACACAACAGUAGUAGGCUUGAUUACCAACAACGAUGAGACAGCCUAUAGGGAGGAGGUGAGGGCUCUCGGAGUGUGGUGUCAGGAAAAUAACUUCUCACUCAACGUCAACAAAACAAAGGAGAUGAUCGUGGACUUCAGGAAACAGCAGAGGUAGCAGGCCCCUAUCCACAUCGACGGGACCGCAGUGGAGAUGAGGAAAGUUUUAAGUUCCUCUGCGUACAUAUCACUGACAAACUGAAAUGGUCCACCCACACAGGCAGUGUGGUGAAGAAGGCGCAACAGCGUCUCUUCAUCCUCAGGAGGCUGAAGAAAUUUUUCCAGAUGCACAAUUGAGAGCAUCCUGUCGGGCUGUAUCACCGCCUGGUACGGCAACUGCCCGCCCGCAACCGCAGGGCUCUCCAGAGGGUGGUGCAGUCUGCCGAACGCAUUACCGGGGGCAAACUACCCGCCCUCCAAGACACAUACAGCACCCGAUGUCACAGGAAGGCCAAAAAGAUCAUCAUGGACAACUACCACCCGAGCCACUGCCUGUUCACCCCGCUAUCAUCCAGAAGGCGAGGUCAGUACAGGUGCAUCAAAGCUGGGACCGAGAGACUGAAAAACAGCUUCUAUCUCAAGGCCAUCAGACAGUUAAACAGCCAUCACUAGCACAGAGAGGCUGCUGCCUACAUACAGACUUGAAAAUCACUGGCCACUUUAAUAAAUGGAACACCAGUCACUUUAAUAAUGUCACUUUAAUAAUGUUUACAUAUCUUGCAUUACCCAUCUCAUAUGUAUAUACUGUAUUCUAAGGCAACUUUCACUAAGACACACCAGUCAAUUCCAGAUGUGUUGGUGCUUACCUGCCAUGGAGCCGUUGGCAUGACAGCAGUAGGGAGUGUCCCAAAUGGCACCCUAUUCCCUAUAUAGUGCACUACUUUAGACCAGAGAAUGGCACCCUAUUCCCUAUAUAGUGCACUACUUUAGACCAGAGAAUGGCACCCUAUUCCCUAUAUAGUGCACUACUUUAGACCAGAGAAUGGCACCCUAUUCCCUAUAUAGUGCACUACUUUAGACCAGAGAAUGGCACCCUAUUCCCUAUAUAGUGCACUACUUUAGACCAGAGAAUUUACAUUUACAUUUACAUUUUAGUCAUUUAGCAGACGCUCUUAUCCAGAGCGACUUACAGGAGCAAUUUGAGUUAAGUGCCUUGCUCAAGGGCACAUCGACAGAUUUUUCACCUAGUCGGCUCGGGGAUUAGAACCAGAGACCUUUCGGUUACUGGCACAACGCUCUUAACCACUAAGCUACCUGGCACCCUAUUCCCUAUAUAGUGCACUACUUUAGACCAGAGAAUGGCACCCUAUUCCCUAUAUAGUGCACUACUUUAGACCAGAGAAUGGCACCCUAUUCCCCAUUUAGUGCACUACUUUAGACCAGAGAAUGGCACCCUAUUCCCUAUAUAGUGCACUACUUUAGACCAGAGAAUGGCACCCUAUUCCCCAUUUAGUGCACUACUUUAGACCAGAGAAUGGCACCCUAUUCCCCAUUUAGUGCACUACUUUAGACCAGAGAAUGGCACCCUAUUCCCCAUUUAGUGCACUACUUUAGACCAGAGAAUGGCACCCUAUUCCCCAUUUAGUGCACUACUUUAGACCAGGACCCAUAGGGCUCCCAGGGCUCUGGUAAAAAAUAUAUAUAGGGAACAUUUAGGGAAUAGUGAAUAUAGGGAAUAGUGAAUGUAGGGAAUAGUGAAUAUAAGGAAUAGUGAAUAUAGGGAAUAGGGAAUAUAGGGAAUAGGGAAUAGUGCAUAUAGGAAUACCUAUGUAUGGAAUAGUGAAUAUAUGGAAUAGUGAAUAUAGGGAAUAGUGAAUAUAGGGAAUAGUGCAUAUAGGGAAUAGUGAAUAUAGGGAAUAGUGAAUAUAGGGAAUAGUGAAUAUAGGGAAUAGUGAAUAUAGGGAAUAGGGUGCCAUUUGGGACAAAACUAUAGUCAGAGACAGUCAUGUGAUUGUCAAAUGGGUUGGCUAAAAGCAAGCACACAGAUCUGGGACCAGCCUGUGAAAUGAUAGCUUCUCUCUGAUGUUAGUCCGACUGGGGUUUAACUGAACCGAGAUCAAACGACAUGUCUGUACUGCGUCAUCUCUAGGCUCUAUUCUGGGCAGGGGAACAUUGGGAAAGCCCCAUGGUCUGCGUGCUCCACUUCUCAGGGUUUGGUGUCAUGUUCUCUCUCUCUCUCUCUCUACUGUACAUCAGGAUCCCUGCAAGUAGGUUUCCAAUGGCUUCCACAGCCACAAAGUCAGAGUCCACAGCCACAAAGUCAGAGUCCACAGCCACAAAGUCAGAGUCCACAGCCACAAAGUCAGAGUCCACAGACACAAAGUCAGAUUCCACAGCCACAAAGUCAGAUUCCACAGCCACAAAGUCAGAUUCCACAGCCACAAAGUCAGAGUCCACAGCCACAAAGUCAGAUUCCACAGCCACAAAGUCAGAGUCCACAGCCACAAAGUCAGAGUCCACAGCCACAAAGUCAGAGUCCACAGCCACAAAGUCAGAGUCCACAGCCAUAAAGUCAGAGUCCACAGCCACAAAGUCAGAGUCCACAGCCACAAAGUCAGAGUCCACAGCCAUAAAGUCAGAGUCCACAGCCACAAAGUCAGAGUCCACAGCCACAAAGUCAGAGUCCACAGCCACAAAGUCAGAGUCCACAGCCACAAAGUUAAAAUUGGCUACAAAAAAUAUAAAGUUAGGGAUAGGCCAGGGGUUCCCAAACUUCUUUGGCCCGUGACCCCAUUUUGAUCAAAAAAAUCAGACCCCAGAGAGUCAGGACAAGUGUCAAACAUCCCAUCCAAUGGACAGCACCCUACACAGGGCAAUGUCCCCAAUCACUGCCAUGGGGCAAUGUCCCCAAUCACUGCCCUGGGGCAAUGUCCCCAAUCACUGCCCUGGGGCAAUGUCCCCAAUCACUGCCCUGGGGCAAUGUCCCCAAUCACUGCCCUGGGGCAAUGUCCCCAAUCACUGCCCUGGGGCAUUAAGGGGAAAGAGUGCCUCCUACUGGUCCUCCAACACCACUUCCAGCAGCAUCUGGUCUCCCAUCCAGGACCAACCCUGCUUAGCUUCAGAAGAAAGCCAGCAGCGGGAUGCAGGGUGGUAUGCUGCCAGUCAUAAUUUAAGUUAUGACAGUCUAUUACAAAUCAGUCUUGACAGUACUUUUGACACUAUUUCAAUCUGAAGGAAGUAUGGUUUGAAGUGACUGAAAUGCAACAGCUAGCUAAAAUCUAAUCGGUUGACUUCUGAUUGGUCAGAGGCUUGGGUUGUCGAGGCGAGGAGGUGUGGCCUUGGCAUUCCAACCUCGACGUCAACACAGCGUGGUCGGAGAUAUUACGCGCAAACAACAGCAGGCUUGACAAGACGAGGAGUAAUUUCACACAACUUCAGAACAAACGUUUUUUUUGUGUUCACUACUAGCCUACUUUUAAUGAGACAUUUGGCUGUGUGUCUCUGUCGCUACACUCACCAUCACCAGUUGAAAGUUGGUGGAAAACUUCAGAGGAACCGUUUUUUUUUUUCUGGAAUAGCCAACAACCAACGCCGGACUACAAACCGCUAUCACGACAUUGUUGCUGUGUCCGGAUUGUGAUCUCCGGCUGUAUAGCGGACUAUAGCGGUGCGCUCGUUGUAGGGCUUGAAUCCGACGUCUGGAACUGUAGCCAGUGACUGUAGACUAGUCCAUCUCCCCAAUAAUAGACUCUAUCUGCCCGGUCAGUGGCCCCGCGCUAUGCGGUCAGAGUGCUGACGGACCAAACGGAAUCCUGCCCGUAAUACAUAGGCUUAGAGGUAAGUAGGCCUUUGAUAUAACGGAAUGAAAAAUGUUGAUAUUGAAAGAAAAACUUUUUGUCAUAGCCCUAUCUAUUUCCCCCCCCCGCUGGGUAUGCCAUUUGUUGUCGGUUGCAUAAAAUGGGAAACAUCAAUGUAUUAUCCUCCUGCAAAAUAUGGUUGCUUGUUUACAGCAAUAAACAAAAUAGUUUGGGUAUCUUGAGCAACGACCUUUGGCUAUUAGGCUAUAUUUAUGCUUACCGACGAGGUCUGUUGUUUUUCACAGCAACAUGACACCUUGCCUUCCCAGUUGCGGGAAAGUUUCUCUGUACACGGGAUAUGAAAUAUUCACUUGAUCUAUGGUUAGGCAAAUGUGUGUUCAUAUAUAUUUUUACCUCUCUUGAUACUGGAGUAUAAGCAAAAAGCUUUAAUCAAAACACAUUUGUGAAUGGAGGUCGAAACGCAAGCCAAAUACGGGCUAAUUAGGGAUAAUAAGGCAAUUAUGCAGUGUUGCAAUACGCAUGGUGUGGUUUCGCUCUCCAAUUGGGAUAUUUGGGAUUACCCGUUUCAAUUCCUGUUUGGGUUGGAGAUGUUUUACAUGCCACACACGACAGAAGUGGGGGUGGCUGGUUGAGUUGGGCAGCAGUUGCUUGUGUCAGCUGCUCAGAAUAGAUCAGUACCCAAUAUCCACAAAACGUCUGAGUAAAUCAAAUUAAAUCAAAUCAAAUGUUAUUUGCCAAAUGCGAAUACAACAGGUGUAGACAUUACCGUGAAAUGCUUACUUACAGCCCUUAACCAACAAUGCAUUAUUUUUUUUAUAAAAAAGUAAAAUAAAACAACAACAACAACAAAAAAGUGUUGAGAAAAAAAGAGCAGAAGUAAAAUAAAAUAACAGUAGGGAGGCUAUAUAUACAGGGGGGUACUGGUGCAGAGUCAAGCAGGGGCACCGGCUAGUUGAGGUAGUUGAGGUAAUAUGUACAUGUGGGUAGAGUUAAAGUGACUAUGCAUAAAUAAUUAACAGAGUAGCAGCAGCGUAAAAGAGGGGGAUGGGGUGGGGUGGGGGGCAGUGCAAAUAGUCCGGGUAGCCAUGAUUAGCUGUUCAGGAGUCUUAUGGCUUGGGGGUAGAAGCUGUUGAGAAGCCUUUUGGACCUAGACUUGGCGCUCCGGUACCACUUGCCGUGCGGUAGCAGAGAGAACAGUCUAUGACAAGGGUGGCUGGAGUCUUUGACAAUUUUGAGGGCCUUCCUCUGACACCGCCUGGUAUAGAGGUCCUGGAUGGCAGGAAGCUUGGCCCCAGUGAUGUACUGGGCCGUACGCACUCUGUAGUGCCUUGCGGUCGGAGGCCGAGCAGUUGCCAUACCAGGCGGUGAUGCAACCAGUCAGGAUGCUCUCGAUGGUGCAGCUGUAGAUGUGGUGUACUCCUCAAUGCUAUCUGAAGAAUCCCGGAACAUAUUCCAGUCUGUGCUAGCAAAACAGUCCUUGAGCAAGGCACUUAACCCUAAUUGCUCAUGUAAGUCGCUCUGGAUAAGAGCGUCUGCUAAAUGACUAAAAUGUAAAUGUAAUGUAAAUGGUAGAAAUUAGGUAGAACGGAUUUAAGUUUCCCUGCAUUAAAGUCCCCGGCCACUAGGAGCGCUGCCUCUGGAUGAGCGUUUUCCUGUUUAGUUAUGGCCUUAUACAGCUCAUUGAGUGCAAUCUUAAUGCCAGCAUUGGUUUGUGGUGGUAAAUAGCAGGUCCCCACCUGUCCAUAUUAUAUCAUAUUCAUUACUAUGUAAAAUGCGAAACUGAUCCUAGAUCAUCACUCCUAGCUCUGAGACACUUUGUGAAUGGGUCCAGUGCUGUAACUCAGCCUGCUUGUGGAAGGAACAGGGGCUGCAUUACCUAAAGGCAGUACAGACAGAUCACUGUGUCUGGUAGGAGUGUUGGUCAUUACCUAAAGGCAGUACAGACAGAUCACUGUGUCUGGUAGGAGUGUUGGUCAUUAUCUAAAGACAGUACAGACAGAUCACUGUGUCUGGUAGGAGUGUUGG